AGCUGUCAAAUGAUGCGAAGAGGACGGCCAUUUUUCUAAAACACAAACAAGACGAGAAAGCGAGUAGGCUAAUGAAAAUAUUCGCAGCGAACGUUGGUCAGAGGAAAUUAUAAUCAUUCAAACGUGGUUCAAGCAAAUAUUCAACACAUAAUUGCAAGAAACUAACCUGGAGAAAUACAGGUCAUUGCAAAAUACACGCAUAUGUUGUUUAAGGCCGGAUUUAAGUAACUACAUUUCAAUUUCGUGAAAUUUGCAGCUACCAGCUAGCUAGGUUGCAGCUGGCUAGCUGGCUACUUAGCUGGCUAGCUAGUACGACCAGCUUUCAACGAAAGGUGUUUGGAGGAAAGGAGGGAAAAUAUACAAUAGAGAAAUCAGACAAGUUAGAAGACAGUGAGGAUAAUCAAUGCACUUGAAGAAGAUAACACUUCUCUCCUUGUGCAUCUCCUGUUCUACACAAUUUACCAUCAACUCCAAUGUUGAUUUAAUUACAGGUGCUAUUGGUCCAUGAAUAUUUAGUUUUGUUUUAAUUUUGAUUGGGGAGCUUGGCACAUUUGACCACUCCUCCGUCACCUCAACCAACCCCUUUUCCUUAGCCUGGCAGCUAUUUGCUCAGCGUAACAGAUUUGUUGCCUGAGCACGCCCACUCUAAACCACUGCACACAGAAGAACCAAGUAGCCUUUAACUCCUUCAUACCUGGAUCAAACAGGUCCAAUCUUCUGGAUAAGAAGCCUUGAGCUCCAGUGGAAGAGAGGAGUAUGACUGCUGAAACACUUAACUUCGGCCCAGAAUGUUGUCUAGGGGAAGAUAAUGGGAGAUGCAUAUCCAACCUAAACUCGAGGCUCCGUGCACUAUCCAGAGGGGGGAGUGUGACGUCCCCCCCUCCCUCUCCAGCAAUGCCAAAGUCCAAGCUGGCCGAUUACCGCUAUGGCCGCGAGGAGAUGCUAGCACUUUAUAUCAAAGACAACAAGCCCCCAGAGGACAUGCAGGAUAAGGAGUUUGCCGCUAUCCUGCAGGAUGAGCCUGUUCAGCCAUUGGCUCUGGAGCCUCUGACUGAAGAGGAGCAGAGAAACUUCUCCAUGUCUGUGAACAGUGUGGCCGUGCUGAGGCUGAUGGGCAAGGGAGGCGGGGCUGCCCCUGUGGGAGUGGUGAGAGGUCGUGGAGGAGGCAUCAGAGGAGGUAGAGGGAGAGGGAGAGGGGAUGGUGCAUUCUACCAAAGAGUUCCUGGAGGUCCUGAUGAUGGGGAGGUGGGCUUCGGUCGUGGCCGGGAAAUGCUCCGCAGCCAAAGCUGGGAUGACCGAGCUGAGAGGCCCCGGUUUGAAAAACCAAUCCGGCGUGCUGAAGUUGUGCGUCCAGGGUUUGAAGAGGCGGGGCCUCCAGGCAGGAAGGACUCUUGGCGUGCUGACAGUGACAACUGGCGUACCCUGCGAGAGGAGCAAGAGGAGGAAGAGGCUGCGGCAGCAGCAACAGCGGGUGGAGGAGGAGAGCAGCCAGUCUGGAGAGUAGCAGGAGCUCGCCGCGACGACGGCGGCCCCCGCUCUGCGGGGUGGCGUGACCACGGCGGCCGGAGGAAGUUUGAAUUUGACUUCCGCGACGGCGAGGGCCACCGCAGGGAGGACGACCGAGACGGCCUUCCCGAGUGGUGCACUGACGAGGAGGACGGAGAGAUGGGCACCUUCGACUCCUCUGGAGCCUUCAUGUGCAUCAAGAAAGGCUCUAAGGAUGCCAUUGCUGAAGAGGAUCUGGAGUUCGACGCUCUGGAGAGAGAGGAGGAGAAUGGCCAGGGAGCCUCGGACAACUACCCCGACAGAGAUGAGUGUAAAGCUGCAGGUGAUGGGGAGGACCAGUACAAGACUCCGUCUCCUCCUGCCGUCUCUACCCCUCCCUCCUCAGACCCUCUCCCCGCCCCGUGCUACGCCGAAGCCGCAUCCCUCCCCUCCAAAACCAAUCAGGUGUCCACUGAAGGCAGCUCACCUCCUGGGAGUGUCCAUCUCAGCCCAGACCCCUCCACCUCCUCUUCCAGCCUGAUACCACCUCCUUCCUUCGGAUCACUCCUGCCCUCAUCGGGGAUUGAAGCGGAGGAGGACGAGGGCAUGAAGCACCUUCAGCAGGAGGCUGAGAAGAUGGUGGCCUCCCUGCAGGACACGUCCCUGGAGGAAGAGUGUUUCACUCAAGCUCUUCAGGAAAGCCACAGCAUGGGCUCCCACUCUCACACGCACCCCGCCCCGCACGCGCACACACACGCCUCCGGACACACACACGCCCACUCAGCCCCCCGGGACAGCGCCCUGCCCCUGUCCCACGAGGCGGCCAUGAAGUGGUUCUACAAGGACCCCCAGGGAGAGAUCCAAGGUCCUUUCUCCACAGUGGAGAUGUGCGAGUGGUUCCAGGCGGGUUACUUUACCAUGACACUGCUGGUGAAGAGGGGCUGUGACGAGGGCUUCCAGCCCCUGGGUGAUGUCAUCAAGUUGUGGGGCCGCGUGCCCUUCUCCCCCGGCCCCUCCCCACCGCCCCUGCUGGUGAGACAGCCCCCUCCGCCGCGGGGGUCCUCUGGUAAUAUGGAUCAGGAAGUGCUGAAGAAACAGCUGGAACAGGCAGCCACUGCAGCUCUGUACCAGCAACUACAGAUGAGGUUCCAGCACAUGACCAGGAGUGGCGAUUCGAGCAUGAUGCCGUCGAUGAACCGGUCGAUGUCAGUACCGGACAACGGGUCCAUGUGGGACAUGCAUACCUCAGCUUCACAGCAGUCGGGCGGUGAGGCCAACCUAUGGGACUUAACCAUGAGUAACUCCACUCAGGGGCCAACUCUGGAGCAGCUGCAGAAGCUCCAGGACCGGCGUGAGGCUGAACUCAGGGCCAAGCGAGAGGAGGAGGAGCGGAAGCGGCGCGAGGAGAAGCGGAGGCAGGAGGAGGAGAAGAGGCGUGAGGAGGAUGAGCUGUACAGGCGCAAGCAGCAGUGUCGGCAGCAGCAGGAGCUGAUCAUGAAGCUGCUCCAGCAGGCCCAGCCCGGGGGCCCCGGGUGCGUGUCUGGUUCCGGGUGGAGCGGCCAGGCCUCAGCCCUCUCCAAGCAGGGCAAGAGCCUCAGCCUCCUGGAGCUGGAGACGGACCGGCUGCUCAAGCAGCAGGCCCAGCACCAGAGGGCCCAGCAGCAGAGAGACAGGCAUGGAGGCCUGUCUAUGGGCCAAUGGGGUGACGGUUCCGGGUCUGUGGGCAUGUGGUCUGGUGGGGGUAUGGAGGCCAAAGGCAGCUCUGGAGGGAUGGGGGUCUGGGAGGAGGCAGUGAAGAACCAGAACAGCCUCCGCAACAUGGGCAUGAAGAACAGCCGCAGCAGUCCCUCUCUCAGUGAGCAGUACAUGCUGAGGAGGAAGCGUACGGAGGAUGAGGACAAGCUGCUGAAGCUGCUGCAGGGCAUGAAGCCCCAGGAUGGUUUCACCACCUGGUGUGAACAGAUGCUGCACGCACUCAACACCUCAGCUGAUAAUUCCUCCUCCCUGGACGUGGCCACCAUUGUGGCAUAUCUCAAGGAGGUGGAGUCUCCCUAUGAAGUCCAUGACUUUAUCCGCUCUUAUCUGGGCGACACCGUGGAAGCCAAAGAAUUUGCCAAGCAGUUCCUGGAGCGCCGUGCCAAACAGAAAGCCAACCACCAGAGACAGCAGCAACAGCAGCAGCAACAGCUGUCAAAAGAAGUUGCAGGGCUGUCCAUGAACAACUUUCCUCUCCAGUCCAUGUUCCAGGCAGCCCAGAUGGGGAAGGGAGGAAUGUAUGAUAGUCAGGCUGCAAAAAUGAAGAAGAAACAGACCAUGAUGCUUCACUCUGACCCCAGCAUUUUAGGAUAUUCUUUCUUGGGCGCCGGGGACAGGAUGACCCUGGGCGAGAUGGAAACAGUGGAGGAUUAUUGAUCCACACAAUCUACCUGAAUCCACCGGAGGCCUUAAACCUGGAAUACCACAGACACACUGACACCUACACAUACACACCAUGACGAAUGUGCACUGCUGAGCUCCUUUGCCCCCCUCAUAGAUGAGGGCCUGGUAAAUUUAGUGUUGUCUCCCUUGUCUCUGUGUGAGGGGAGGAGGGGAUGUGCAGAGAGAAGUACCCUUGCAUUUCUUACAGUUAAGCACCUUAAACUAAAGCACUUUAUCACAGGGGUUUCAAUAUUUGAAAUGAAGUUUUGCCUAUUUUUGUUUUUGUUGUUUUUUGGAUGCAAAAUGUGCAUCUAUAUUGCAUAUAAUACAAUAUGAAUACACAUGUGGGUGUGUGUGCAGACAUACCUAAGGAGUUGGAGGUUACAUCUCCGAAAAUAAUGGUGGGGGCUGGAGGGGGUUGGGUGACGAGGAUUUAGUUUUAGAAAGUAUAUUCUUUUUUUUGUAAAGAGACACUGUUUUUAAAAAAAAAAGAUUUAUAUAAGAUGUAAAGCUAUAACAAAUCUGAAUUUUAUUAAGAAAAAAACUUGAAGGUUUGCACUUAGAAAAACCAACAAAACUAGUUGUAGAUAAGUAGUGAAAGAUGAGAAUAUUUCUUUGAAUGCUGGUGUGUGUGUGUGCUGUACUCAAAGCCUGCACAAUUUGUAUUACUUAUAGAUGCAUAAAAAGGCCAU